AUGGUUAAUAAUGAUGAAUUAAAUUUACAACAAAAACUAAGGAUUCAAGAAUUUCUACUUAACAAGGUGAAAAUAUUUGCUCAAGGUCUUGAAAAUUUAAAGUAUACUAAUAUCACUACACAUGUUAUUAGUACAG